UCUAUAAAUAGUUCAUCAAGCGUAAUCUUUCAAAACAGAAAUCCUACAGUCAUCAAAAAUAGAAAUUAAUAGAUUUAAACAAACUAAAAUGCCAAGGAGGAAGAAAACAGAUGCAACUGAAGAUGGUAGUGGAGAUUCGGUUCCAACAAAGAAAUCUAAACUUGGAUCACAGAUUGAUGGUGUAACAGUCCGAUGGGAAUGGGAAGGAGAUAAAUCUACCUGGACAAAGUACUCAGAUGAUAAAAAUGAAAAUAUUACUGAUGCUUUCAAUUCAAAGAAACCAUCUAUGAGCUUUGAUGUUGCUGGUGGUGCCAGUUUAGAGGUUGUCUUUGACAAAAUGGUACAGAAGAAUAGUAAGACUGGAUGGUCAAGAAGGGUCAGAUUAGCAGUUAAAGAUGAUAAGAGUGAUGAUUACUAUGUGUGGCAGUGGGAGGACGAGAAGGGUAAAUGGAAUCCAUACAAUGCUGAACAUUCCAUUGAAAUAGAGAAUGCCAGAAUUUCUGGGAAGGAUCUCAAUAUAGUGGCUAACCACAGAGCUUAUGAUAUAGACUUUGCUCAAAUGGAACAGGUUAAUACAGUCACCAAUGUAGCUCGUACUAUAGACAGAUGUCAAUCUGAUGCAGUUGAACCAAUAGAUUCACCAAAGAAAGUAGCACCUAAAAGAGUAUCAAGUAGAGGAGAUGCUGUGAAAGUGAAAGUAGAACCUGAGGAUGAACCUAUGACCUCAAAGUCAGCUGGUAAAGGCAAAGGGAAAGCUGCUAAAAGUGGAAGGAAGAAAGGAAAAUCUGGAGCUGAUGAAAAUGGCUCUGAAGGAAAGGAAAUGGUGAAGACAGUUGUCAUUAAAGGCAAAGCACCUGUAGAUUCAGAAUGUACUCAGAUGUUAGGCAAAGCGCAUGUAUUUUAUGAAGGAAAAGAUAUUUGGGAUUGUAUGCUUAACCAGACAAAUGUUGGGAACAACAACAACAAAUACUUUAUGAUACAGUUAUUAGAGGAAGACAGUAAGAAAUCGUACCAUGUUUGGUUUAGAUGGGGUCGUGUUGGUUAUAAAGGACAGAAUAACCUUGUUCCAUGUGGUAGUAAUAUAGAUCUGGCUAAGAAAACAUUCUGCAAAAAAUUUACAGAUAAAACAAAAAAUGACUGGGCCAAUCGAAGCAAGUUUGUUCACUCCCCUGGGAAAUAUGAUAUGUUAGCCAUGGAUUAUGGUGAAGAUAGCAAGGGAGAAGAUGUAGUAGAUACUGCUGUUACAAAAGAUAUUAAGUAUCCAGAUUCAAAGUUAGACAAAAGUCUACAGAACUUGAUAGAUUUGAUAUGUGAUGUAAAGUCUAUGGAAGAUGCUGUCAAAGAAAUGAAAUAUGAUGCUAAAAAGGCUCCAUUGGGGAAAUUAACAACUGAUCAAGUAAAAGCUGGUUAUGCAUCAUUGAAGAAGAUAGAAACUUGUAUAAACAAAGGCGAUUUUGGUCAACACUUGACACAAGCUUGUAAUGAAUUCUACACCAGAAUACCGCAUACUUUUGGUAUGUCACAACCACCAUUGAUUAGAUCAAAAGAAGAAGUGAAAGCUAAGAUUCAGUUACUUGAGGCAUUAAGUGAUAUUGAGAUUGCAAUCAAAGUACUGAAACAAGGAGAUAUGUCUGACAACCCAAUAGACAGACAUUAUAAAUCACUUAAUGUUGAUCUUGUACCUGUAGAAAAAUCAUCAGAUGAUUAUAAGAUGGUAAAUGAUUAUUUACUUAAUACACAUGCAUCAACUCAUAGUCAGUAUAAGAUGGAAAUAGUCAGUCUUUUUGAAAUGAAGAAACAUGGAGAAGAUAAAAAUUUCAAAGAUCUUGGAAACAGACAGUUAUUGUGGCAUGGUUCUAGACUGUCAAACUGGGUUGGAAUUCUUAGUCAAGGUUUACGUAUUGCUCCACCAGAAGCUCCUGUAACAGGAUACAUGUUUGGUAAAGGUGUAUACUUUGCUGAUAUGUCUAGCAAGAGUGCUAACUACUGCUUUGCUUCAAGAUCUAAAAAUAUUGGUUGUAUUUUAUUGAGUGAGGUUUCGUUGGGCAAAACAAAUGAUUUGUUAGCAGCAGAUUAUAAGGCAGAUAAAUUACCUACAGGAAAACACAGCGUAAGAGGAUUAGGCUCUAUUGGUCCAGACCCUUCAAAGACAAAAACUUUGUCAUGUGGUACUGCUGUACCACUUGGUAAACCAGUUGACACAGGUGUAAAGAACCCAGCAGGAUAUACUCUGAACUAUAAUGAAUUCAUCGUCUAUAAUACUCAGCAAAUUAAAAUGAAAUAUCUUUUACAAGUUAAAUUCAAGUUUUAAAUGAGUCCGUGAUAUAUUGAGGGGGAAGAAGUUACAAUGAUACCAAAUGUUAACUUCUGUUGUUAGAACAAGUGAAUUAUUGGACAAAUGUAGUGAUAAGUCUCAGUAUUGUGCUUGACAAUUUUAUAGAUGAACUGUGUGGUGAACAAUUUUAAUGUAGCCUCCUUGUUUUAUUGAUAAUACCAUGUUGACAUUGAAUAGGUUAGAUGUUUAUAUAAAUUUGAUCUAGAUGUGUGGAUAAAUAUGUUGCAAGGCUAACUUUGGCAUCAUUGACAAAGGGAGAGAGGCUAUUUUCAAUAUGGUUGAAAUGGAAAUUGAUAUGUUCAUGUCUGGAUUUAGUCUGGUAAAUAGUUAGACGUCUUGAAAUAAUAUUUUAAUUUUUCAGAUGUCAUAAUUAUUUGCACUAGUCUGGAUUAGAAUCUUAGAUUCAUGAAUUUUCUGGUUAAUAAAUUUACAGAUUAUUCUGUUCUAUUGUUUUUGUCUUAAUAGGUUAAAAUCCUGCAUUAUUAUGAAGAAAAUGUAUUGUAAACAAAAAAAGAUUGUAUUUUGUUGAUAUUUUAAACCAAAAUAAUAUUUGUUUCACCUCAUACAUUGUAGUUGAAAGACAAUCAUGGAAAAAAAAUUAAUUGAGAAACACCUUUUAUUGCUAAGAUUUCAAUAAAAAUUGUUAUAUAGGUAUAAUGUAUCAUUUCAAAUUGAUUCCAGGUGUAUUCUGCCAAUUUCCAAAUAGACGUCAAUAUACAUUAAAGAAAUUCGACGUCUAGAGCAUGAUAUCCCAAAUUAAUUCUUACUCGUCAGUCACUGUUUUACAAAAUGGUCAUCAAAAUACUUAAACAUUUUGAGUACUUGGAUUUCAAUGAAUUGGAUAUCUAGGUAGAAUAUUAGAAAAUGAUAUCAUGAACUAAUCUCUAGUGUCCUUGUUGACAUGUAAAUUAUUCUUGUGUCAUUUUUAUCAAUAGCAUGUUUCAUCAAAUUUAACGAUUAAUAUUGUUUUGCUUAUACUGAAAUGUUAUGAACUUAUCACAUGUUGUAAAAUCAUACAUCAUUCAUUGUUUUUGUAUACUGUUCUGUUAAGUUCUGUAGUUGUUAGAUUUGAAACCUCUUAGAAUAAAAGAUUUAAAUUUU